AUGUUCUUGACAAGCCUUAGAGCUUACAGAUCGGUUUUUUAUGCCUCAAGAUGCCUCUCAACUAGUAUUUUUAGGCUAAAACAACCUUGCCUGGUUACCCCAGUGAGGUCUUUUAGCUACAUGAGAAGGAAUUUUAGUGAAAAUAGCAGGUUUGAUUUUGAAAUGAAUCAGAAAGUCUGAUGAAUUAUGAGAGGAAUCCCAUUUAAUAUCACUGAAGAGGAGAUUUAUAAAUUCUUUGAGUCUUAUAACUACCUUAAAGGUAGUCUUAUAAUUGGGGUAGAUAGGAAUAACAGAAGAACUGGCUUUGCGACCAUCCUUUUUGAGAACACUGAGGAGAUGAGAAAAGCCGUGGUUGAAAGACAGGGAAAAGUGAUGAGACACCGGUGGGUUGAGCUCUUUGAGAAUGACUUUAGCAAAUGGAAGGACUUCACUCUCCAUCAAAAAGGAGAUAGCACCCAUGCCCUUUCAACAUACAUCACUCAUGACAAUAAGGACACUAUUGUUGCCUUGCUUGGAAUCCCCUUCCAAGCUAGGGAAUCUGAUAUAUUAGAAUUCAUGAAAGAUUUUGCUAUUGCAAAAGAUGAUAUCGUGAUUGGCAAGAGAUUUGGAAAAUCUGCAGGCAAAGCCAUUGUAUUUCUUAAAGACAGACAGGAAGUGCACAGGGCUGAAAAAGAGCUUGACAUGAAGUAUAUUGGUAAUAGAUACAUCCAAGUCAGAGCAGCUGGCAAAGUUCAACACCUCUAAAAGAUCGUGAAGAUUAUAUAACUAUUUUUCAGCCGCCAACUGGGU